GCAGAGAAAGGCAUGUGGUUACCGUAACUGAAGUUUGCUUCGAUCGUCCGUCCCUUUAUUGAAUCAACAUCUUGCCUUGAAUGAGUGAGUCUGUGAAGCGCAGAUGGCGUACCGUUCAACAAGAGAGUCUGAGAAUAAGCCAUCGCCGCCCUCCUGGAAAUCAGGCAGCCAGCUUCGCAUAAAGUUGGAGGUGUACCAGCUGUUUCAUCGAAUAAAUUGGCACACUUAUCACCGUCAUGGUCUAAGACUACCUGCUUUGCAACGGGACCAAACGCAUCAUUUGAAGAAGAUGUAUUAGACCAGGCACACACUUUUCGUGUACUGAUGCAUUGCGAGAAGCGAUAGUGCACUUAGGUGCGUGUAUGUGUGGGCAAAGAAAUGUGAAAAUAAGAACAUUUGCUGUCAAGAAA